GCAAUGCCAGCAUCCCAGGCACGCUCCAGGGCCAGGGACAGGAACAAUGUCCUCAACAGGGCUGAGUUCCUCUCCCUGAACCAGCCCUUGAAGGGGAACCAGGAGGGCAGGAGUUCUGGCAGGAAGCAGAGUGGCCAGGCUGGGGCAGCCGCUGCCCAGAACGGCAAUGCCAAGGAGAGGAGGCAGUCGCAGCAGCUGCCCGAGGAGGACUGCAUGCAGCUCAACCCUUCCUUCAAGGGAAUUGCCUUCAACUCCCUGCUGGCCAUCGACAUCUGCAUGUCCAAGAGGCUGGGAGUGUGUGCCAACAGAGCCUCCUCCUGGGGUGGUGCCCGCUCCAUGAUCAGCCUGCUGGGGAUAACGGGGCACGGGAUCCCCUGGAUUGCAGGCACCCUCAUCUGCCUGGUGAAGAGCAGCACGCUGGCAGGCCAAGAGGUCCUCAUGAACCUGCUGCUAGCCCUGCUGCUGGACAUCGUGGUGGUGGCUGGUCUGCAGAAGCUGGCCAAGCGGAAGGGUCCUUACGACGUCACCCCCGGCUUGUUGGACUACCUGACCAUGGACACCUACGCCUUCCCGGCCGGGCACGCCAGCAGGGUGGCCAUGCUCUCCAAGUUCUUCCUCAACCACCUGGUCCUGGCCAUCCCCCUGCGGAUCCUGCUGGUGCUGUGGGCGCUCUGUGUGGGCUUCUCGCGCGUCAUGAUCGGGAGGCACCACAUCACCGACGUCCUCUCCGGCUUCGUCUUUGGCUACCUGCAGUUCAGGCUGGUGGAGCUGAUAUGGAUGUCUUCCAACACCUGCCAGAUGUUGAUAUCCAUCUGGUGAGCACCAGAGACUCGCUGCUCUCCCGCUGGAGGCCAGCAGGGACUUGGAGAGUCUCCCUCCCCAGCUGUGGGCUGGAGGCAGGGGCACCCUCUGUCGCCUCUGGCCUUUUGUGGUGUUGCUUCCUCGCCUGACAAGAAGACAAAACCAAGAUGUUCCUCAGGCUGGAGUGGGGUUUAGCAGCCAAGGGCCACACCUGUCCUAUGGCCAUAUCCUCAAACUGUGUUUGGACAGCAACCUAACUAAGCUUGGUGGGUGAGAGAAAUGAGCUCCCUG